CAGGAAGUGUUAUAACAUCUAUGACUGGAGUUGUGUUGUAUUCUAAUGGUAGUCUACAUAUAUCAUCAGCAACAUUAGAUGAUACAGGGGAAUAUACAUGUCUAGCUAGGAAUAUUGCUGGUAUGGUAGAGGCUUCAACCUCCGUCUCUGUGCAUGUUGCCCCAGAGCUGACCUUGCUACCAUUGAGUCAAGGUGUGAAGGUCGGGUCAAAGGUCUUCCUACAUUGUCAGGCUAAUGGAGUACCAGAUCCAACAUAUUCCUGGUCCAAAGAUGGAGAGGGUAUGAUCAUAUCAUCAUCUGAUAGACAGAUAUAUUUGAACAAUACUUUGGUCAUACAUUCUGUAACAAAACAAGAUGAAGGUGUGUACAGAUGUAUAGCCGGUAAUGAUCUAGGUGUGACACAAGCCGUGGCAGCUAUCACUGUCACAGUACCACCUAGUUUUACAACAGUACCAAGUAAUCAGACAGUACAGGUUGGUAGCAGUGUACAACUAAGAUGUGUGGCAGUUGGUGACCCUGUACCAACUCAAAGAUGGACAAAAGAUGAUAGGCAACUUACCCUAGAUGGUAAUAUGGUGGUUAGUUUGGAUCAGUCAACAGUUACAAUAACUGAAAUAAAGGCUAUGCAAUACGGCAAGUACACAUGCACUGCUACAAAUAUAGCGGGCACGGAAUCUGUUUCAGCAUGGUUAAAUAUUUACGAUAUACCAGAGUUUAGUGUAGUACCGAGUGACACAGUUGUGAGACAGUCAGCAACUUUGAGUUUACUGUGUCGAGGUGAGGCUUUAGAAAUGCCAUCUGUGAUGUGGUAUAAAGGUAGAGAAGGGGAGCUAAGUCAGCUGAGGAACGAUGAAAGAGUUACUGUUACUGAUAGUGGGCUAUUACAGAUAAAGUCCGUAGAUGAGAGUACAGAUGAAGGUUGGUAUACAUGUCUGGUGAAAAAUACAGCCGGGGCCAUUUCACGAGAAGUGUUUGUUGACGUACAAGUACCUCCAAAAAUUUUGUCAACUAACAGUCCACAAUCGGCAACUUUACAGUCACAAGUAACUCUAACCUGUCAGUCAAUUGGUGACCCAGCCCCAUCUUUACAAUGGAUCAGCCCAUCUGGUACUGUGAUUAACACUGGCCCCGCCUACAAAAUGCUAGGCAAUAUACUGAUGAUAACUUCAAUGAGUGGAGAAGAUGUUGGCAGCUGGACUUGUAAAUACUGCAAUACCCUGGGAUGUGACUCUGCUUUAAUAGAGAUAAUUGUUGAAGGUAUGCCAAGAAUAAAGUCAUUUACUGGUUCCCAGGAUGGUUCAUUAAUCACCCUGGAAUGCACUGUAGAGGGAAACCCAGAACCAGAUGUGACCUUCAGUAACCAAGGUCAAACUGUGACCUCCGCACUUCAAGGUCAUACAGUGAAACAUAAUAGAAUGCUGAUAGAAAUAGAGUUUCUGAAAACAGAGUAUAAAUGUGUAGCAGGAAAUGUUCAUGGACAGUUAUUUAGAAUAAUACAAGUGCCUUCAAAAAUGAACGUCCCUGUUAUAUCACAAACCAGUUCAGGACCAGUAACUCUGUCAUGGAAAGUUCCAGAUAAUCUUGGUAAUCUCCCUUUAACUAGUUACUCAAUACAGAAGAAAUCUGAGAAUGAUGUCACCUGGCAACCUGUUCAAGUUGAAGGUCAUGACCUGUUGAGUCAAAGAUCACUGGAGGUCACAGGGUUAGAGGCUAACAGAGGUUAUACGUUCAGGGUAGCAGCCAGUAAUUUACUAGGACUAGGGGAAUAUAGUGACCAGUCUUCUAGUGUGGUGAUAAAGUCUACAGCACCAUCAGCACCAGAAAAUGUUCUGGUACUUGAAAUUGGACCUGAAGAAUUUGUGGCUGUUUGGAAGAGAUCAAAGAUUCUUAAUGCUCCUAUAGCUGAUGUAGUGUAUGAGUACAAGAUAUUCCGGCAGAAAACCGGUGACGGUGUUGUUACCGAGGUGAUUCACAGAGUGGGAACAGUUCUUCAUAACGAAACACUACAAAUUAAAAUUGAUGAUUUGACUGAAGCAGCAGUUUAUAAACUGUCAAUAUGGGCGAGGAACAUCCAACUCAAUAUCUCCAGUGAUACUGUCACCGUCACCCUUGACAACACACAAGCUACAUAUCUAGAUCCUGGAGCACAUUCAGGGAUUGAUACAUUUGGUAGAGAUAAACUUAUUGCGAUUGUGGCAGGCUGUGUGGGUGGAAUUAUCCUAGUCAUCAUUAUUGUUUGUAUCGUCACUCGUGUACGAGCACAGAGGAAAACAAAAACUCUCUCGUUACUUAACCACACAUUGUCUCUAGAUCAGUUCUACAUGGAGAAUCCAAAAACAUUGUACACUGAUGACAAGUAUAGUUCAAAAAGAAAGAGUGGUCAUAGUUUCUACAGUUUUGACGAGAGUUUUCAAAGUACAAUGGGAUCUAAAGGAAAACGUGCAGGGAGUGUAGAAUAUCUUGGGUCAGACUUGUGUAGUGAUGUACUUCUUGUGUCAAAAAGCCCUUUGUAUCCUGAACAUGAAAGACAGAUUCCUUUAUCACACACCUCAAGUCGAGACCAACUUUAUAAUGAAAAUACAGAAGACACUGUGUGUGUUCAAAGUGAGAUUCAACUGCCUGACUGUGAUAUAAGUCUGGUAAAAGCCGUGUCCAGGCUUGAUGAUGGUAACAGUCACAGUGGAAGUGAGGCUGAAACAAGUCCCACCACUGUCAACAGACAGACUGUUUCCAAGGAGAUUGAAGCAGAUACAAAUAGUUUAUACAGUGCCAUGAAUGGAACUAACUCAGAUAAAGGUCCUGAUCAAUCAUCAGAGCAUAUCUACACAAGUAUACACAGUGGUGAUCUCCAUGCCUCAACUUCAAAACAACAUAUAAAAAGGGCAGAUAAAUCUGGCUCUCAAAAACGUCCUCUCAUAGUUCUCUCCCCUGAGAAAAAUGAUGACUCAACGAAAUCUGAAUCAACAGUAGCAGUGAAAGAUACCAAUAUUGAUAAAUUUUGUGAUAAAUUAGCAAACUCAAAAAUUACUAAAAAAGAACGGGAAACAAGGUCAGCUUCCCCAGAAGUCCAAUCAAAGGGGAAUGACUCUUACCAACCAAAACCACCAAUUAGAGUUCUUUCCCUUGAUCUUCUUAAGCCAUCUGCAAAGAUGGACAAUCAAAAGGGAAAUAACUUGAAAAUAUUGUCAGAAAAUAUGCUUAAAGAAAAUAAUACUAUAAACAAAAAUAUUGGUAAGAAUAGUGUUGUGAAUAGAAAAGAUACCACAGAUAGGGUUAAACCUGAUGAUCAGAACGAUACAUUGAGUAACGUCCUAAAUGGACGUGUGUGUAACAGUCAUAAAAAUGGACAUACAUGUGAAUCUGAUGUGAAAACUAAAGCUCAAAUUGAGCUCGAUCACGUUAGUAAAAUACAGAAAGGAACAAAUGGAGAUAAGUGUCAUUUAGAUACAUUAAAGGGAGAUAAUCAGUGCAGAGACAACUUUAUCGUGAAACCAAAACCAAAGAAUGUAUUAGAUGACAAUUUUCUGACUGACGCCGAGAUAAAACAAGAAAUUUCAUCUGCAGAACUAUAUUAGUUAAAUAUAUACUAUUAAGUAUACUUAAUAUUUACUUUCCUGAAUUUGUAUAGCGGACAUUCCCGGCUUAAAAUUUGGUACAGUUCUUUAUUAGGUUUAGGAAUUUUAUCAUGAAAAAUUAUAAAAUAUAGUGAGCUAACAUUUUACAGCCUAGAUAAAAUGCAUGAAUGUUAGAUAAUAAUUCACAUGUGUAGAAGGCUGUUCAUAUUACACAAAGCAAACCCUAUAUGAAAGACAACUUCAUUUAAAGCAGCAUGCCUGCAGUUUCAUGUUUAUUUUCAUUUAAAUUUAUUUGCUAGUAAUAGUAAAAUCUUGUGAAGUGAAAAAUGAAAGUAAUUCACACAUUGCAAACAGUAUUUACAAUCCUCUGAAAUGAGGUCAAAAUAUGGAAAAAUAGCUGUUACUAAAUAUGGUGAUAAAUACUACUAAAUCAGUCAAUGAUCUAAUCAUUACUAUUAAUUAUCUUCAAUCUUUUUUUAAAAUCUUAGAUCACUUUUACCUAGUUUUGAAAAGCGGGGCGAGGCUUAGGCGUAACUAUAUAUGUACGUCCGCAAAAAAUUCUACUGACCAAGUUUAUGUGUGAAAAAUUUAAUGAAAAUAAAUUCAUAUGACAUCCCUCAUCAAAGAGCAAGGUUAUCAUGAUAAAACACAUCAAUAUUAAAGUCGGAAAGUGUCAUAAUAUAAGUGUUUAUGGGGAAUUCAGUCCAUACUUCAAUGGUUGACAAAAAUUGUUAGUUUGCAAAGAUUUUUCUACGUAUUCAGUUAUUUUGGCCAAAUAUUCAAUAUAAUAUAUCAAAAUGAGAUUCAUCAUCAAGAAGCAUCAUUAUCAUAACAAAAAACAUGAAUGUUUUUCAAGGCAGUCUCAUAAUAUCCGAUUUUACGAAGAAUUUUCCGAUAUUUUAAAGUGUGCUAUUUCUAGUAACAGAUCAAUAUUGAAAAGGACGGACCUAGGUAGAGAAGGACCCAUUGCAGUGUGAAAGUUUAUAUCAAUCUAUUUUGAUUCCGUGGACAAUUUAAUAGAUUAGCUCUCAUAUUUUUUAUUUCUUUUGACAUUUCAUUUUUGUUAGAAUAGGAGUGAAUCGCAUAUGUGUAGGAAUACGUUUUUAGAAGUGCUGCAUGUUGAAUGUGAGAUAGGCCCAUGUGCAUGAGAUAAGAUUUUCCAACACCGCUAUUUUUAGUAACAUUUACCAAUUUUUCUUUCUGGUUAGUGAGAAAAUAAAUUAUUCAGUCCUCUGAGAUUACAAGUUGUAUUCAUUCUCAAAAUUGUUUAUAUAAAUUAUUGACCAAUACAAUCUUAAAGUAUA